AUGGAUGGCCAACGGCAACAACCAUAUGUCCCGGGCCCACCACCGCAAACAAUUCAACAAACAGCAUCCCAAGGCCAUGUGAUGCAGCUACCACCACCUCCUCCGCAACCCCCUCCACCACGAGUUAAUCAUGCAGCAUCUCAUGGUGGUCUGCCUCCGCCGCCACCGGUGCCUCCUCGUGUAUCAGGCUAUGGAAACCAGCCUGGGUGGCAACAGGCAUGGUCGAGGCAGCAGGGCAUGGGACAAAGCUUCUAUCUACCUCCGCCUCCCUCCAUGCUCUCUUCCAAUCAAGUUUACAACCAACCCUUGGCUUACAAUCCUCAUCAGCCUCCAAACUCUGGUUCUCUUUCUAUCCAACCACCUCCCACUAAUGAUCAGCCUCUUACGUCCGCAACGUACAUCCCCGGCGGGAGUUCGUUUGGUCCUGGAGUUGGCAUACCGCCGCUUGACUCUUACGAUAACUUCUCUCGUGCAGACAGGGCUGGGUAUCCACCCGACUCGGACACUAUGCGAUAUAUCCCGCAAUCAUACGCCGAUCAAAUGAAUCGUUCUCACCAAGUCCCGUCUUCAUUCCGGGAACAGUCCGAUUCGGGUAAUCCCCUAGCAUUAAAUCAGAAUGUUCAUGGCCAAUCAUCGCUGCAGCACUCUCAGGGACCAACCCGUGAGAACUCUAGCCGCCACGCCGCCAGUGCCAUAUCCUCUGGUUUAUCAAUCCAUGAAGCCGAUGAGAGAUGGCCUCUCGACCGCGUGCUGCAGUGGCUUGUCCAUAAUGGAUUCUCCACUGAAUGGCAAGAAACUUUUAAAUCACUAGAUUUAAAGGGAGCGGAUUUUAUUGACCUGGGCUGCGGAGGGGCAAACGGCAUGGGGAACCUUGGCAAAAUGCACCAAGACAUCUAUCCCCAGCUCGCCAAAGAAUGCGUUAAGAGCGGAACUGGGUGGGACCAAAGUCGCGAGCGCGAAGAGGGAGUUCGGAUGCGAAAACUUAUUCGAGGUAUCAACUCUGAAAAUGCUCCGUCUGCGCGAUUCUACGAAAAUCUACAUCCCAGCGCGUCUACGGACGGGGGUGUGGAAACUUCUCCUCAUUUGAGAGCAGAUUCUUUUCCCUUCGACCCUUCUUCUACUGAAUCUGGCUAUCAAGAGCCAAGUUCCAGAUCCGAAUUAUCUCGGAACAUUCUAGUCAACGCCUUUGGGGAAUGGAGACGACAUAGUCCCUCUGCAUCUAGUGACCACGGGGCAGGACUUCGUGCAUCCAGCAAUUCCCGUGCAGGAAGCCCAGCGACCCAAUUCGCGUCCAUGGCAACAGCAGAACCCGCAUUUUUAACUGGGGAAUUUGGCCAUGCUAAACGAAAUAGCUCAGAUUCUAUUAUAAGCCGCGGUUUGCGUCAAGCCCAAGGAUCUUCAAAUCCAGAUCAUUCAACGAAACAGACGGAACUGUCUACUAAGGACCACAAAGGGUUUUUAAAUGCCAUCCGAAAGAAAAUUGGUCCCUCCCAUCCUUCAGAAGAGCCGCAUCAUGACGCUUCUAUCAGCCCGGUUCGAAAUAACCAAUCAUUCCCCUACUCCGGGAAGCCAAGCCUAAACGCCAGCGAAACUUCUUUGGUAAUGGGUAUGUCAUUACCGUCUUCCGAAUCUCAUGCACGAAAGGCCAUUUCGAACCUUCCUCCGAAGAAGUUCAUCUUUGUAACUCUUGACGGCUGGAACUACCGCUUGGUAGAUGUUACUGACGUUGAUGCUGCGGACCUGCUCCGAGCCCGCCUGUGCAAUGGAGUCGGAAUCAAGGAUCCUUCUAGCGCUUUGAUAUAUGUGACAGAACCUGGACAAGUUGAUCAUGAGGAGCCACUAAGCGAUACCAUGCUAGUCGUCAAUCGCCGUUCCAGAUCAGACGCCCAAGGAAGUUUAAAACUUUAUAUACAAAGCAUGACACCGUCGGCUUUUAACGUUUCUCAAUAUGCUGGCCUCGGUCUGUCCUUUUCGGACAGAGUUGCCAAUGGGGCUAAACCACAGAGAAAUAUCCUUGAAGACGACACACGUAAUAGGACCAACCAACCUAGUCAUACUCGUCGAGUAUCGCCUUCCUUAGCGCACCGCUCAUCUAUGCAAAACCUACCAUCUUAUUCCCCAUUCCCUGAAGAUGACAGGUUGGGUGAGAAUCUCUCCGAGGACAAAGAACGAAACGCCGCGAUCCUGGCAGCGCACGAAGAGCAUCGUCGGAUAACUGAACAAAAACAGCAAGCCUUCCUCCAGUCCAGGCGGGAACAGCUUCAGAAGAAACAGGCAUCAACGGUCACUACAUACGGAAUAAAGCGGGGAGGAUUCAUUGAUUUCGAUUUACCGCGGACUUCGCCGUACGAAGAUAAACGGACUGACGACCUGGUUCCACGGAGAGAGCCACCAACAGCGCCAUCGGCAUCUAGCACCCUGACAAAGGUCAACUCUUUGAACAAAAAGCCCGGGGAAAAGGCCACAGAUAACACUUGUCAUCAGAGGCGGUCUUCGAAGGAUUUCUUGUCCGAUAACCGGCAAAGGUCGUCUAGCUUUAGCCCGAAAAAUGCCUCUCCUAGCAUGGGCAUCGCUGCUGCCAUUGCCAACAUGGGAAAGAUCUCUGGCUCGAUUGCCAAACCCCUGGCAUCUUCGACAUCCUUUGGCCAUUCGCCUCGCACUCCGUCUGGAUCAGAGUUCGGGAGGGUUUCGACGGAAUCUAUAGAUGCUAGCAGUGCCAGUCCCCAUUGCGGUAGCUCAUCUUCACCAAGACCAUCAGCCUUUGCCCGUUCAGUUAGUGCAAAUAGUGAACUUAUAGCAAGAAAAUCAACUCCCACCCAGGCCGAGUCCACACCUCCUGACAAGUCCGUUCAUUCAUUUUCUGCAAGCCCAAGCAGAGCGUCAGCAAUACCGCCAUCAAGACUGUCACACGGCCCAGACUUCGAUUUCCAAGAAACUGAAGUAUCUUUCGUUAAAUCACCUCAGCCCGCGCCUCAAGAUUCGGACGAGGAUUCUGACGAAGGCCUCUUCGCCAUUCCUCUUGCAAACGGCAAGAAUAAACCUCAAGUAAACAAGAAACCGCCUGCGACUAGAAGCCGAUUAGCAAAACCGGCCUUGACUGUGAAUACAAAUUCCAGGGCGGCGAAAGGCCUCUCUGUGACCUUCGAGUCCCCUGGUCCGUGCGAUUCAUUCACACCACUCACCGAUCACAGUGACUCGCGAAGCGGACAUUAUUCAGGGGAUCCCGAUACUGAUGACCUUUCUCCCGAAGAUUCAAGGAGCGCUCGCCGCCGGUCAUUUGUAAGGGAUGACGUCUGGGCAAGUCGUCCUCCAGUCGAGGGAAUGAUAGAACAUCUCGAUGAUUUCUUCCCGAAUAUCGACUUAGAUGAGCCUUAUCUGGAAGCUAUGCCUCUCACUCCUCCAAUAUCGCCAACUGCAACUUCAAGUCACCCAGACACAGAACCAGAGCAAUCUUUUACCCUCCGAGACCGUGUAGGUCAAGGUGGUCCCCCUACGACAUCCAUACCACGGAAUGCCUCCGACACAUUAGGGUCAGAUGAGUCAACUCUAAAAGGAAAAGCAGCCCCGAAAACCGUCGCACACCGGAAUGUCGGCCGCUCUACUGGCUUGAGCCGCAUGAAGUCAAUCCGUGAGGUCGCAAAGGGAGCUCAUCAGAUCCGCCGAAAUCAAAGCAUUGCUGCAUCCAAAAAUGCACAAUCCGGUAUGCUACGGCGGAAGAGCACCAAAAUGUUUGGGGCGAGAAUCAUGCAGAUCAGUCCUAAACCAGGCAGUCGAUUGAGUGACCUGGAUCCUCUACCACAACACCCAGUUCCCCAGGAAAAACUGCCGCAGAGGCAAGCAACCUUUAGAAUUAUUAGAGGUCAGCUCAUUGGCAAAGGUACAUACGGUAGAGUAUAUCUCGGCAUGAAUGCAGAGACCGGUGAGAUCUUGGCGGUGAAACAAGUGGAAGUCAACCAGAAAGCAGCCGGGUACGAUAAAGACCGUAUUAAAGAAAUGGUGCAGGCUAUGGACCAUGAAAUCGACACGAUGCAGCAUUUGGAACACCCGAAUAUUGUACAAUAUCUCGGUUGCCAUCGAAGCGAAUUGUCCAUGUCCAUUUACCUCGAAUAUAUACCUGGUGGCUCUAUCGGAAGUUGUCUUCGGAAACACGGCAAGUUUGAGGAAAGUGUGGUUCAAUCACUUACUAUCCAGACGUUGCGUGGUCUGGCCUACUUGCAUGACAAGGGCAUUCUCCAUCGAGAUCUCAAGGCCGACAAUAUCCUCCUUGACCUCGACGGAACCUGCAAGAUAUCGGAUUUUGGUAUCUCCAAGAAAAGCGACAAUAUCUACGGAAACGACGUGACCAACUCAAUGCAAGGCUCGGUAUUUUGGAUGGCACCAGAGGUAGUCCAGUCCCAAGGCCAAGGAUAUAGUGCCAAAGUCGAUAUUUGGUCUCUUGGGUGUGUGGUUUUGGAAAUGUUCGCUGGUCGACGUCCAUGGAGCAAAGAAGAGGCUAUUGGGGCAAUCUUCAAACUUGGAAGCUUGAACCAAGCGCCGCCUAUCCCUGAAGAUGUGUCGAUGAACAUCUGUCCAGCAGCUAUAGCUUUUAUGUACGACUGCUUCACGAUUAAUACAUUUGACCGUCCCACCGCUGAAACCCUCCUCUCCCAACAUCCCUUCUGUAUACCCGAUCCAAACUUUAACUUCUUGGAUACAGAACUCCAUGCGAAGAUUGGACACUUGUAG